CAAAAAAUUUACAAUAUUAAGACGAUUUAUAUUCACAUGUUGCCAUGUUGCCAGGUUGAAAAAAAAAAUAUUGUUAUAUAAUGAAAUAUUCAACGAGGCAAAAUAUUGAAACGAGAGCACGGAGUGUUAUUCAUAAAUAUCAUUUUUCGGCCGGAAAAUAAAAAUCAUCAGGACAAAUUGUUAGAUUUUCCCGCGGUUAUGCGACUGAUUAACGUGAAAAGGGCGUGUCUCCUGGUGAUAUCAAUCUACGGAUUGGUUAAUGCUGAUACAUUUACAUUGGGAUAUAUCACUGGGUCAAAACGGCGAAUGGGGGAUCUAGAGUACCAGAGACCUGGAUACCGGAUUUCAGGGGCUAUAAAUCUCGCUGUCGAAGAGGUGAACGCCGGGGAGCUCAAGAAACUAGGACACAAACUCGAUUUCAUCGUGGCAGAGACAUAUGGAGAAGAAGACACGAGUAUUCUGGUGACCGCUGAUCUCUGGACAAAAAAUAUCAGUGGUUAUAUAGGGCCCCAAGAAACGUGUGUACACGAGGGCAAAAUGGCAGCUGCAUUCAAUUUACCAAUGAUUUCUUACUUUUGCACACAUCACGAAAGCUCAAAUAAUGCAGAGUUUCCAACAUUCGCCAGGACACGUCCACCCGACACGCAGAUAUCGAAAUCCGUUGUUGCGGUACUUUUGGCAUUCAACUGGACAAAAGUCACCUUAAUGUACAUGAACUCGACAUUAUUUGAAUUCAACAAUAAGAUGUCAAGUGUCGCCAGUACAAUUCUCCGAUCAUUUCGCUCCUCCGGGAUAUCUGUCACCUACGAGAGAUGUUGGGCCGAGCCCUACCUCGUGACACACAUGAAUAAUCCAUUUCAUCAUCUUGUCGAGACAUCAUUCCGAGAGACUCGAAUUUAUGUUGUACUCGGUAACUACGACGAGCACAUGGGACUGCUGAUGGCACUCGAUCAGAAAAAUUUAUUGAAUAAUGGUGAAUACUGGGUGGUGGGUGUGGAUAUAGAGCAGUACGACGAGGAUCAUCCCUCAAAAUAUCUUAGAGGACUUCUUCAAGAGCACGCAAACCCUUCCCUCCUUCGGGCCCAUCGCAGCUACUUCAGCAUUGUGGCAUCUCCUCCGAGGAUCUCCAAGAAUUUCACACAAAUAAUAAACCAAUACCGGGGCAAACCCCCAUUCAACUUCACAAAUCCCCUAGCAACCCUCGGUGGUCUAGUCAAGAUCGUACCGGAGACGGCAUACCUCUACGAUGCAGUACAUCUUUAUGCGAGAGCAUUACUCAGUGCUCUCAGAGAGGGACGAGACCCCAGGGAUGGGAGGAAAAUGGUUGAGAGACUGUAUGGUGUUCACUAUCGCAGUGCUAUGGGAUACAUGGUGUACAUGGAUGAGAACGGCGAUGCAGAGGGUAACUAUACGCUCAUUGCCCUGGGAAAUAAUCCCAUAGAAGGUCACGGUCUCUACCCCAUAGGACACUUUAUCGGUAAAGAGGAAUCGUCCAAUUUGCCAAAGUUACAUCUUAUGAGAGACAUAACUUGGAUCGCCGGGGCUCCACCCAUUGCUGAACCACUUUGCGGAUAUCACGGGGAAAAAUGUUAUUCGCACACGGGUGAGAUUGUCGGGGGAAUUGCCGGUGGAAUAUUCCUAAUUCUCAUAGCAAUUGUCCUGGUGCUGUACAGAAAUUGGAGAUACGAGCAGGAGUUGGAUUCGCUCCUGUGGAAGGUCAAUUACAAAGAUAUACAGAUCAAGGAGAGUAGAGACGAGGGUAAUGUUAGUGAGCCCACGCAGAAGCCAAAUACCAAGCCAGUGGUGAGGACCAGUCAGGUAUCCCUCAGUUCAAAUCCAGACGCGGAUUUUCGUUAUUCCAUGAUCUAUACGCAAAUUGGAUUCUACCGUGGCAGAAUGUUUGCUAUAAAAAAUGUUGGAAAGAAAUCCAUUGAAAUCACUAGGCAAAUGAAGAAGGAGCUCAAAGUGAUGAGAGAUUUGAGGCACGACAACCUGAACGCUUUCAUCGGGGCCUGCACAGAUCCCCCCAAAAUCUGCAUAGUUGUGGAAUACUGUGCAAGAGGAAGCCUCAAAGACAUUAUAGAAAAUGACGACAUGAAGUUGGACAACAUGUUCAUGGCAUCACUAGUCGGCGACAUCAUCAGAGGGAUGAUGUACCUCCACGAAUCUGUAAUUAGGUACCACGGAAAUCUCACCACUUCAAAUUGUCUAGUCGAUUCCCGAUGGGUUGUUAAAAUUGCUGAUUUCGGAUUACGGGAGUUCAAGAGGGACGCCGACUACGAACCUCAAGAUGUUGCCAAAAAAUACCAAAAUCUGCUGUACCGUGCGCCCGAGCUGCUACGACCCCGUGCAUCUCCGCCGCUAACCCGUGAUUACCAGAAAGGUGACACGUACUCAUUCUCCCUAGUUCUCUACGAACUCCACGGUCGGCAAGGUCCCUUCGGCCCAACCGCCUCACCACCCACUCAUCUCCUCACCCAGAUAUGCAAUCCAAUCCCCUCACUGCCACCCCUCCGACCGCCACUGGAGCACCUGGAGAACUGUUUCGACUUUGUCCGUGACUGCCUCGAGGAGUGCUGGUCGGAAGAGCCAGAACUCCGUCCAGACUUCAAGACAAUCAGAAAUAAAUUACGACAAUUACGCAAAGGCAUGAAGCCCAACAUCUUCGACAACAUGAUGGCAAUGAUGGAAAAAUACGCCAACAACCUGGAGGCCCUGGUCGAUGAGCGAACAGAUCAGCUGACAGAGGAGAAGAAAAAAACCGAUGCACUACUGUACGAGAUGUUACCAAAGUACGUGGCCGAACAGCUGAAGAAGGGCCACAAGGUGCAGGCCGAGGGUUUCGAUUGCGUUACAAUCUACUUUUCGGACAUAGUUGGCUUCACCCACAUGUCUGCUGAAAGCACACCCCUGGAAGUGGUCGACCUGUUGAACGAUCUCUACACGUGUUUCGACGCAACAAUCGAGAACUACGACGUAUACAAGGUGGAGACCAUUGGUGACGCGUACAUGGUAGUCAGCGGUCUGCCAAUUAGAAACGGAAUACAGCAUGCUGGUGAGAUCGCCAGUAUGUCACUCUGUUUACUUGAUAAAAUCAAGGAGUUCAGCAUCAGGCAUCGACCAUUCGAUAAGCUACAGCUGAGAAUUGGCAUUCACUCUGGACCAGUGUGUGCUGGGGUCGUUGGCUUGAAGAUGCCGAGAUAUUGUCUCUUCGGAGACACUGUAAAUACCGCGAGCAGGAUGGAAUCAACAGGACUGCCCCUGAAGAUUCACUGCAGCAACGAGACAAAGUUACUUCUAGAUGAAAUCGGUGGAUUUCAUCUGGAGGAGCGAGGGCUAGUUGAGAUGAAGGGAAAGGGCGAGCGUGUUACUUAUUGGCUGUAUGGUGAGGAUAGAAAGAGAAUGGACCAACAGGAUAGAGCACUUGUGCCUAAGAGCUCUCUCAAGAGCAAACCCAUCAGGAUGAGCUUUCUCAGGUGUUCAAGCGAGUCGCCCAAGAGACUGAGAUUUGCCAGUUCUGAUCAAUUGGAUCAGAGCAAAGGGAAAAUCAUCAACUUUGGUGAGUGGAGCCCGUGCAAGGGCUGCAUGGAAGGGUCUAGAUCAUCGAGCAGCUCCUGCCCUUGUGUUGAGAAAUUGGAAUUCGGGGUGGGAUGUUUCGAUGGCAGUGAAGUGACACAAAUAUGCAAAUCAGUUCCGGUGAGUCCUCGCUAUAUUGUCAAGGGAAGAUUUAUCGAAGGGAUGGCUGGAGAAGCUACACCUCUCAUAUAAAAUUGUAAUCGUAAUUCCAUAUUCAAUCACUUGCAAUCGUUCAAAAUCAUUUGAAAUCAUGAUCAAAUAGUACCCAAUGCUGUCUCGGAGUAUUAGAUGAGAGCGGAUGAUGGCAGUGAUAAUCAUCAUCAAAUUAAUUGUAUUAAAAACCCAUUGCGAUGAACUAGCAGUAGUAUUAACUAUUAGACUAAUCAUUAAUUUGAUUAUUUCAUAAUGACAAUCAGAAGGCUCGUGUCUUGUGGAGCAAUUUUUCUAGUCAUUAGUCUGCUGAUGAAUUUUAUCAGCAAUUCACAAUAUUAUCAAUAUAUUCGUCGGUACUUAAUUGCCAGUAUUGAAAGGAAAAAAAUAUAAAACGCAGGAUUAAUGUUAAGAUCAACACCGCCAACGAUUGAUCGAGGAUAUCGAUAUGCUUAUCGCUUAAUCGUUAUUAAUUAUCAAAUUAGAUAGAUAUCUCGAGUGUCGAGUGAUCGGAAUCUAUGGAGUGGUUAAAAAAACAAGCUGUCGACAAUGGUCUAGGAAUAGUUAUAUUCCACAUUCCUGAUUAAUAAAU